AUGGUAAAGCAGACGCCCUUGGGAGGCCGCUUCUCCUUGUGCGUGCCCAUUCGGGGUACAGUACCAAGUAGCUUUGGAAAAGAGAAACUUGGCAGUUCAGGUUGCCCAGAGGUAGUUGCAUGCCCCACGCCCUCUGUAAACAAAGUGGCUGUAAAAGCAAGUUUGAAAGAAGAAAGUUAUUUCCUGAUCAACCCUCUUAUUGGCUCCCAUGGAUGGCAAGCAGAUUAUCAGACUUCUCGCUUGUACAAUGAAGACAGAAAUCUGCUUCGAAUUAGAGAGAAGGAAAGACGCAACCAGGAAGCUCACCAAGAGAAAGAGGCAUUUCCUGAAAAGAUCCCCCUUUUUGGAGAGCCCUACAAGACAGAAAAAGGUGAUGAGCUAUCCAGUCGAAUACAGAACAUGUUGGGAAACUAUGAAGAAAUGAAGGAGUUCCUCAGUACCAAGUCCCACCCUCAUCGCUUGGAUGCUUCUGAAAAUAGGUUGGGAAAGCCAAGAUAUCCUUCAUUUCCUGAGAAGGGGAGCAGCAUUCCACCCCACCCCUUCCACACCAGUGCCCACCACCAGCCUAUUAACACUCCUGCCUCCGGACCACUUCCUGUUGGUAACAUCAGCCACAAUCCAAAGAUGGCACAGCCAAGAAUGGAACCAAUGUCAAAUCCUCAUGUCAGAGGCUAUGGCCCACCAGACAGCCAGCACCUGACCCAAGAUCGCCUCGGUCAGGAGGGGUGCGGCUCUGCUCAUCACAAAAAAGGUGACCGCAGAGCUGAUGGAGACCGCUGUGCUUUGGUGACAGACUCUGCUCCAGAGAGGGAGCUCUCUCCCUUGCUCUCUUUGCCUUCCCCAGUGGCCCCCUUGUCACCUGUACAUUCCAACCAGCAGACUCUUCCCAGGACACAAGGAAGCAACAAGGUUCACAGCAGUAACAGUAACAAUAAAGGCUAUUGCCCGGCCAAAUCUCCCAAAGACCUAGUGGUCAAGGUCCAUGAUAAAGAGACCCCUCAAGACAGUUUAGUGGCAGUUGCCAGCCUUGGGGUAGCCCCUCCCCAGCCACCUUCUCAGACUUUCCCCCCACCUUCCCUCCCCUCAAAAACUGUGGCAAUGCAGCAGAAGCCCACGGCUUAUGUCCGGCCCAUGGAUGGUCAAGAUCAGGCUCCAAGUGAGUCUCCUGAACUGAAACCACUGCCGGAGGACUACCGGCAGCAGACCUUUGAAAAAACAGACUUAAAAGUGCCUGCGAAAGCCAAGCUCACCAAGCUGAAGAUGCCUUCUCAGUCGGUUGAGCAGACCUACUCCAAUGAAGUUCAUUGUGUUGAAGAGAUUCUAAAGGAAAUGACCCAUUCAUGGCCGCCUCCUUUGACAGCAAUACAUACGCCCAGUACAGCCGAGCCCUCCAAAUUUCCUUUUCCGACAAAGGAUUCUCAGCACAUCAGUUCUGCAACUCAAAACCAAAAACAAUAUGAUACAUCUUCAAAAAACCACACUAAUUCUCAGCAGGGAACAUCAAGCAUGCUCGAAGAUGACCUUCAGCUCAGUGACAGUGAGGACAGUGACAACGAACAAAGCCCAGAGAAGCCUCCUUCUGCAUCUGCACCUCCAAGUGCUCCACAGUCGCUUCCAGAAGCCGCGGCCUCAGCACAUUCCAGUAGUGCCGAGUCAGAGAGCACCAGUGACUCAGACAGCUCCUCGGACUCGGAGAGCGAGAGCAGCUCAAGUGACAGCGAAGAGAAUGAGCCCCUAGAAACUCCGGCUCCUGAGCCCGAGCCUCCUACAACAAACAAAUGGCAGCUGGACAACUGGCUGACCAAAGUGAGCCAGCCAGUAGCAGCGCCGGACGCCCUGGGGAGCGCGGAGCCUCCGCCUCGGCACCCAGAGAGUAAGGGCAAGGGCGGGGGCGACGGCGGUGGUGGUGCCGCCAGCCACGAGCGCUCGGAAUCCAAAGAUCCUGCCCUCAAGAGCUCCGGCAAGGGCCCUCGGGGCCCCUCGGAAGGCCUGCACGCCGGCAAGAGGAGCUGUCAGAAGUCCCCCGCCCAACAGGAGGCUCCCCAGAGGCAGACCGUCGGAAACAAACAGCCCAAAAAGCCCGUCAAGGCCCCUGCGCAGGCAGACUCGCGGGCCAGCCUGCAGGUGGAAAGUGAGCCGGGACCCCCUCCCUACGGCUCCAAAGACCAGCCUUCCAAAGACAAGCCCAAGGUGAAGACGAAAGGGAGGCCCCGCGCAGGAGACGGCCGAGAGCCCAAGCCCGUGGCGCCCGGCCCCAGCCCCAGCCCCAGCCCCAGUGAGAGGAAGAAGCACAGGAGUGGGCCGCUGGCCCCCUCGAAGGCGCUCUCGGGCCCGGAGCCCACGAAGGACAAUGUGGGGGCCAGGAGCCCCGAGCACUUUGCCCUGGUCCCCUUGACCCAGAGCCAGGGCCCGCCCCAGGGCGGCGGUGGAAGGACUAGCGGCUGCCGGCGUGCCGUGGUUGUCCAGGAAGACCGCCGGAAGGACAGACUCCCGGGGCCCACGAGAGACCCCAAGCUGCUCUCCCCGCUCAGGGACACCGCUCCCCCGCCGAUCUUGAUGGUGAAGAUAACCCUCGACCUUCUUUCUCGGAUACCCCAGCUUCCUGGGAAGGGGGGCCGCCAGAAGAGACCGGAGGACAAGCAGCCCGCCACAGGGAAGAAGCCUGAUCCCGAGAAGAGAGGCGCAGACAGUUCAAGCAAGUUGGCCAAAAAGAGAAAGGGUGACACAGAGAAAGACCAUGAUAGCAAGAAAGCCAGACUGGAGAAAGAAACCAAGGCACAGCCAUCAUGUUCAUCUUCCCAUAAAGAUUCUUCUAAAACAAAAACACCCAGGCCCUCCUCUGAGCCCUCAAAGAAGGAAAUGCUUUCCCCCCAACUUGUGUCCUCCUCGUCCUCGUCCUCAUCCUCCCAGAAGCCAGCCAAGCCUGCACAAAAGAGGCCAAAGCGGGAAGCGGACCAGGACCCUCCCCAAAGUGCCAGUAGUAGCAAGGGCAGCCACAAAGACUCCUCUGCUCCGAAGCACAGAAGAGUGGAGGGGAAGGGAUCUGGAAGCUGUACAGAGCACAAAGGAUCUUCUGGAGAUACUGCAAAUCCUUUUCUAGUGCCUUCUUUGCCAAAUGGUAAUUCUAAACCAGGGAAGCCUCCAGUGAAGCUUGACAGACAACAAGCAGAUUUUCACAUGAAGGAGGCCAAAAAGUUGAAGCAAAGAGCAGAGUUAAUGACAGACAAGGUUGGGAAGGCUUUUAAGUACUUGGAGGCCGCCUUGUCCUUUAUCGAGUGUGGGAUCGCCAUGGAGUCGGAGAGCCCGGCGUCCCAGUCGGCUUACUCGGUGUACUCAGAAACCGUAGACCUCAUUAAAUUUAUAAUGUCAUUAAAAUCCUUCUCAGAUGCCUCAGCUCCACAAGAGAAAAUACUUGCUGUUUUAUGCAUGCGUUGCCAAUCCAUUUUGAACAUGGCGAUGUUUCGUUGUAAAAAAGAUAUAGCAAUAAAGUAUUCUCGUGCUCUUAAUGAACACUUCAGCAGUUUUUUCAAAGUUGCCCAGGCACCAUCUCCAUGCGUUGCAAGAAGUACAGGCACACCGUCCCCUCUUUCCCCAAUGCCUUCUUCUGCCAGCUCCAUGGGUUCCCAGUCAAGUGCUGGCAGCGUAGGGAGCAGUGGGAUGCCUGUCACCAUCCAAAACAUGACAUCUUCUUAUGUCACCAUCACUUCCCAUGUCCUUGCCGCCUUUGAUCUUUGGGAACAGGCUGAGGUCCUUACGAGGAAGAAUAAAGAAUUUUUUGCUCAGCUCAGCACAAGUGUGUGUGCCUUGGCCCUCAACAGCAGUUUGAUGGAUCUGGUGCACUAUACAAGACAGGGUUUUCACCGGCUAAAACAAGCAACCAAAACACCUUAA